GAAAUGAGAAAUAAAAAAUGGCUGCUGCUUGUCAAUUCUGCAGCUCUUUUGUCUGACGAGUUUUUCAUUCGAUUUUAAUUUUCUGUUAUUGAAAAUUUAUUAAAAAAAAAAAAAAAGAGUUAAUUUAUUGAAUGCGGCUUGGCACAAUCCAACAGUAUUCCGGAUUUUAAUUUCGGAUACUGAAAAUCCACCAUUAAAAAAUAAUAAUUGCGUAUCUCGUCGUCUUCUUGUUGUGUGUCCAUCCCAUCACCAACCACAUCAAAAACACAUUUUUUUUUUCUUUACCUUAAAUUUUUUGAAAGAAAAAAUUAAAUAGAAUAAUACAAAACGGAUUCGUUCUUGCAAUUUAUUGUCGAAACAAAAAAAAUAUCUACGAAAAAAGUGGCACACGGAAAACAAAAAAGAAAACGGGAGUACUUCAACACACAUUUUUUUUUUUAUUUAAUUUCCAUAUAAAAAUUUAUUCUUCAAAAUUCUUCGCAAUUUAAAUUGAAUAAAAAAAUAACAAAAGAAUGGAAAAAUUACGCCAGAUGAAAGACAGAGGAAGCUCUGAGAUUAUAAUUGGAGGAAAAUAUAGAGUUAUCCGGAAAAUCGGUAGCGGUUCAUUCGGUGACAUCUACCUUGGUAUGAGCAUACAAUGCGGUGAAGAGGUAGCCAUCAAAAUAGAAAGUACCAAUGCUCGUCAUCCACAGUUGCUCUACGAAUAUAAAUUGUAUCGUGUUUUGAGCGGUGGUGUUGGUAUACCACGUAUUCGGUACUAUGGGCACGAGAAAAGCUUUAACACCUUGGUUAUGGAUCUAUUGGGACCAUCUCUCGAAGAUCUUUUCAACUUUUGCACACGUCAUUUUACAAUCAAAACCGUUCUCAUGCUGGUUGACCAGAUGAUCGGUCGCCUGGAAUUUAUACAUUUGAAAUGUUUUAUUCAUCGUGAUAUUAAGCCCGACAACUUCCUAAUGGGCAUUGGUCGACACUGUAACAAAUUGUUCUUGAUUGAUUUUGGUUUAGCUAAGAAAUACCGCGACCCUCGCACUCGUGUACAUAUUCCCUAUCGUGAGGAUAAGAAUUUAACUGGAACUGCGCGUUAUGCAUCGAUUAAUGCUCAUCUUGGCAUUGAACAGUCUAGACGUGAUGACAUGGAAUCCUUAGGAUAUGUCAUGAUGUAUUUCAAUCGUGGUGUUCUUCCAUGGCAAGGCAUGAAGGCAACUAAUAAAAAGCAAAAGUACGAAAAAAUCUCCGAAAAAAAGAUGUCAACUCCGAUCGAGGUCUUAUGCAAGGGUUUCCCCGCUGAAUUUUCAAUGUAUUUGAAUUAUUGUCGUAGUUUGAGAUUUGAAGAGCAACCAGAUUACAUGUAUUUGCGUCAGUUGUUUAGAAUUUUGUUCCGCACCCUUAAUCACCAAUAUGAUUAUAUCUAUGAUUGGACAAUGCUUAAGCAGAAGACUCAUCAGGGUCCAGCGAAUGCAGCUAUACCACAAGGAACGGCAGAACCUCGCAACGAACGGGAUAAGGAGAAAGAGAAACAAAGCGGAAAAACAAUGCUUUCCGAUUAAAUUAGAUUAAAAAUAAAAAAAUGCAAUUUAUUUCUUUAAAACGUUAUCUAAUUGAAACAAAACAAAAAAGAAAGAAGAAAAUACAAAAAAAGAACAGAAAUAGUAAUUUUAAACUAAUUGAAAGGAAAUCUUAUAUUAAAAAAAAAGUAAAAAAAAAAAUUAUAAUUAUAAUAAUAAUUUCGCGCCGAGUAAAAACAAACCACAAACCUACCACACGAUGACAUUUCUGCAAAAAUAAUUUGCACAACAGGUUUUAUUUACGUCGUCAUAAUUCCCUCUCUCUUUGAAAAAAUCCUAACCAGCAAAAUCAAGUUAUCUAUACCACAACAAUGAUUUAUAAAAUAUAAUGUUGAACAAUGUAAAUUAAUUUUAACAAAAUCCUUAGAUUUUUUAUUUAGAGAUUUUGGCUAAAAAAAAAAUAUCAAAACAAAAUUGAAAUGGAAAUAAAAACAAAAAUAACAUCUAAACAACAUCGCAGCCCUUUUAAACUGUAGUUUUUUAGUAAACGAUCUUUUUUCGUUUGGAAAUAAAUUAGCGUUAUUUUAUUUUUUAAGGUUUUAUAUUAAUCAUAUUCUUUUUUUUAUUUACGAAACUUACUCAUACAUAAACAUAACAUUGUUUUCAAAUGAAUUUUUUUUUGUUUCAUUAAACUAUACUCCUUGUUUUUUUUUUUUUUUAAUCUACAAUUCACUAAACAGUCGUUGUUUAUUAAUUUUUAGUUAAAACAUAAUUUUUUUUUCAUUAUAGGUCCUGAAAAAAAAUUAUAUAUGUAUGUGUAAUUGAUGCAGAAACAAUAAAUAAUUUUUGUAUGUAAGAAACCAUAAUCAUUUCGUAGAGUAAUAUAUUAUUAAUUAAACGAAAAAGUCUACAAUAUAAACAAAAUGAAACAAAUUUCUAAAUGCAUACAUUACUUAUGAACCUGUAUCCGAUUAUUGGUUUAUUGAUAAGUGAAUAAAGCAUAUUAAAAAAAAAAAAAACAUAAAAUGGGGCAGACCCCUUAAAACUAA